GUAGAUGUGGCAGAUGUGGUGUUGCCCAGACUGCCUUCCUCAUUGACACCACCCACUUCCCAUUUUGCUUUUCCAUUUUUCUUCGUCGGCGGAAUGGCCCAGGCGGGAGAGCAGGCAGCGGCGGGGCUGGCCCGUCUGCCGUCGGAGCUGUUCGACAAGAUCCUGUUCGACGUGGAUACGGUCCGCGACCUCGCCCGCUUCAUCGCCACGGCCCGCUUCGUAUACCGACGCUUCAGCAUCCAGAGGCGUGCCGUCCUCUUCUACGUCCUGCAAAACGAGCUGGGCCCAGUGCUGGACGAUGCUAGGUUCCUUUUUAUGUUCCCCUACUCGGACCCCCGCGCCGACAAGGCUGCGUAUAUCGAGUGGCUCCGCCUUAUGGCCGUCGUCUACCACGAGAUACUCCGCAAUAGCAAUACCCAGAGUGGCAUACCAGUCCGAGGGUCCGAUGCCCUCCCCAGCCUCGAGGAACUCACGGGCCUGUGCCAUACCCUCUAUAAGAUCAACUUCAUCGCCGACAUGUACGUCACAGCACGUCUCGCCCUGUUCAACCUCGCCGGCGGAGCUGGCACCCCCGCCACAGCACCACUCUCGCCCCUGGAGCGCCGGCGCCUCGUGCGCGCCUUCUACCGCCGCCAGAUCAUGAGCAACGCCUGGGCCGCCACAAGGCGCCCCCACUCGGGCUGGAGCCGCGAGGACGCGGCCGCCAUCAGCAACUCGAGCACACACCAGGGCGAGCAGCUGGGCUUGUUCGGUACCCUCGAGCCCUGGGAGCUGCAGCAUAUCGACCACAUCGAUUUCUUCGUUACACGCUUGUGUUUCGCCCUCGUACACUACUGUCCCCGCACCCCCGACGGAGCCCCAGCCAUCCUCCCCCGCCAGUUUAACGACCUGAUCGCCCACCAGCACCGCCUCGUACAGUACCUGCAGACCCAUCGCCGCCUCGUCGAGAUGGCCGUCCGCGACCUGCCCACUGGCAGAGAGGCCGCGCGCUCCGCACACCUGUGGGACGAGUACGUGAACGUCUACCAGAUGAUCCCCUUGAGGUGCGCGUGGCAAGGGGCACAGGCCCACGACUUUCCAGACCCCAUCACAGACAAGUGGCAGCGGGACGGGCUAGUCGUACCCUAUGUCGGAGACGGACUCGAUCUCGUCCCGUACGGCUGGCUGGACGCCCUGCGUGGGCGCUACUUUAACCAGUUUGGCGAUUGCCUACAUACGAUUUCCUGGUUGCCUCCUUGGCAGAGCGACAGGCAAUCCGCACAACAGGGCAAGACCCUGAGCCUCUGGACCCACGCCGGGUUUUCCCUGUGGGACAGGAAACGCGUCGAGGCCUUGAAGGAGCUGCCCAUGUUUGAACCCGUGUAUACCGGAUGGGUCUUUGGUCGCUUGGUCGAGGAGAGCUGACGGACAAGGCGCCGAGAGAACAAUAGCCGUGAUUGCUGCUCUAGAGAAUACAAAAUGGCCCUUCUGACCCCGCGUAGCCGGGAGACGCGCCUUGUCAUAUUGAGCAAAAUGACACCCUU